AUGUCAUCCAAAAUCAUGCACGUGACUAUCACCUCAGCCUCAAAUUUUACCUUAGAAUUUUCGGACAACCUCAAAUCAUGUGACCAGCGCAAGUGGUUGAAAUUGAUUUGUCAUUGUUUGCGCAGGACGGAAAUUUACAUGCAAGUUCCUUUCAAUCCUUCUUUCACCGCUACUACCACCACCUCUCGACUCAGCAUCUUCAUUCCUCCCAUUUGUGGUGGUCCCUCCCUGGCCUUUUCCUUGUGGUACCUCCUUGGCCGUUCGUGGUGGUUCCUCCCUGGCCAUUUGUGGUGGUUCCUCCCUGGCCUUUCCUCAUGGUUCCUUCCUGGCCAUUCGUGGUGGCCCUUCCUUUCCUCGUGGUUCCUUCCUGGCCGUUCGUGGUGGUCCGUCCUUCCCUCAUGGUUCCUUCCUCUGGCCGUUCAUGGUGGUCCUUUCCUUUCCUUUCCCAGGGAGGAACCACCACGAAUGGCCAGGGAGGAACCACCACGAACGGCCAGGCAGGAACCACCACGAACGGCCAAGGAGGUACCACAAGGAAAAGGCCAGAGAGGGACCACCACAAAUGGGAGGAAUGAAGAUGCUGAGUCGAGAGGUGGUGGUAGUAGCGGUGAAAGAAGGAUUGAAAGGAACUUGCAUGUAAAUUUCCGUCCUGCGCAAACAAUGACAAAUCAAUUUCAACCACUUGCGCUGGUCACAUGA